AUGUUGAUCUUCAUCAUCAUGUAUUCGACCCUCAAAAUCUCGUCUGCUGACGUCACAUCAGCGGACAUGGAGUUCCUAAACGAGAUGCCAUUGGAUAAGCUUCUGAGGCUAAAAGCGUCCUUGCAAGACCUUGUAACUGCUCAAUACGGUAACGUUACGACGACAACUCCAACGAACAUACAAAGGUUUGGAGCUGAAGCAAUGGCCAUUCAAGCCCCACCCGUCAAGAGAGGAGACUAUGAAGAAGGAUUGUACAAGAAAGAAGGAUACAGUAAGAUCAGCAACAUAUUUUCAAUGUCUGUUACAACGCUUGCCUUUUUGGCUUUCGGAGGUUAUUUAUUGUGUUUGAUAGUGCAGGCGGUUAAAGCUAAACAAACAUACAACGCCUCUAUACCCACGACACAGCCUACAACGUUCUUCGUAAGUGCUGGCAUCAAGAAGAAACCGCAGAGUCACUUUGCAUCAUACGGGAGAAGAAGAAGGGAUAAUAGAUUUAGAAGAAGUUUGAAGAUGGUGGACCUGCCUCCUGAACAAUUGUUUACAGCGUUAUUGCAAGUGUGUGAAGGGUACGCGAAGUGGAGCGAAGGAGAAAUAGUAUAG